CGAUGCCGGAAGUGGCGACUAGUCCGCGCGCGGAUGGCGGUGGCUGCGGCGGCAGCAGCUACAGCGAUGUCGGCGGCGGGGGGCGGCGGGGCAAGUGCGGCCCGCUCCAUCUCGCGCUUCCGAGGUUGCCUGGCGGGCGCGCUGCUGGGAGAUUGCGUGGGCGCUGUCUACGAGGCACACGAUACCGUCAGCCUGGCAUCAGUCCUGAGUCACGUCGAGAGCCUGGAGCCGGACCCGGGCACGCCGGGCAGCGCGCGGACAGAGACACUGUACUACACAGAUGACACUGCCAUGACCAGGGCCCUGGUGCAGUCCCUGCUGGCCAAGGAGGCCUUCGACGAGGUGGACAUGGCUCACAGGUUUGCCCAGGAAUACAAGAAGGACCCUGACAGAGGGUAUGGGGCCGGAGUCAUCACUGUCUUCAAGAAACUCCUGAAUCCCAAGUGCCGUGAUGUCUAUGAGCCUGCCCGGGCCCAGUUCAACGGGAAGGGUUCCUAUGGCAAUGGGGGUGCCAUGCGGGUAGCAGGCAUCUCGCUGGCCUAUAGCAGUGUCCAAGAUGUACAGAAGUUUGCCCGGCUCUCGGCCCAGCUGACCCACGCCUCUUCCCUGGGCUAUAACGGUGCCAUCUUGCAGGCCCUGGCUGUGCACCUUGCUCUGCAGGGUGUAUCAUCCAGUGAGCACUUCCUUGAGCAGCUUCUGGGCCACAUGGAGGAGCUGGAAGGUGAUGCCCAAUCGGUCUUGGACGCCAAGGAGUUGGGUAUGGAGGAGCGUCCGUACUCCAGCAGGCUGAAGAAGGUCGGAGAGCUGCUGGACCAGGACGUGGUGAGCCGAGAGGAAGUGGUGUCCGAGCUAGGGAAUGGCAUUGCCGCCUUUGAAUCUGUGCCCACCGCCAUCUACUGCUUCCUGCGCUGCAUGGAGCCUCACCCUGAGAUCCCCUCCACCUUCAACAGUCUCCAGAGGACUCUCAUCUACUCCAUCUCACUUGGUGGGGACACAGACACCAUAGCCACCAUGGCUGGGGCCAUUGCUGGAGCUUACUAUGGGAUGGAACAGGUGCCGGAGAGCUGGCAGCAAAGUUGUGAAGGCUUUGAGGAGACAGACGUCCUGGCCCAGAGCCUGCACCGAGUCUUCCAGGAGAGCUCGUAAGGGCCGCAGCUUCGGUGGGCUUGUCAGACCCAUCAGGACCAAGGACAACUCAGAUUGGACUCCACAGUUCCCUUAGGUUGCCGCACCUGCCCUCAAUCCUAGAGGGAAGACUGAAGGUACCCUUGGGGCUGGAAUCUUGAGACAGCCUGUGGAACAGAGAGGAGCUGGUGCCUUCUUGGGGCUGCAGCUCUGGCUUGCUGCAGGGCUGUAUGACACCCAGGG